AAGCAGGAGCUGCAGAUGUGACCAGGAAGCGACUCUCUACUUGAAAUCUAUGACGGAAUACAAAGCGUUUAUUGUAGAUAUGUGAAUUUCCCAAGGUUUGCCUGGAAUACACUUAAUCUUCUCAUUAAAAGAAAGAGCUUCACUAAAAGCUUUUUUGAAGGAAAUGAUAUUUUCCCGAGUGUGACGAGAAGAGCCAUCGUUCAAUCAGCAGCCGUGUAUUUUUUGAAGGUUCCUCCCACGAAACAGGUCUCGAUUGGAUCUUUCCCAGACUGAUAUGCUGAAUAUAUUUGUAGCUGAUAUAUGGAACAAUCAAUCUGGCAGGUUAUAAAAUAGCUCUUGCCAUAGAUUUUUUUCCCGCACCAUCUGAAAGGAUAAUAUUGCUCGUGCUAAAAAGUGAUUAAAAGUUCAUGUAGAGUUCACUAGUGUGUGAUCUGUCCCCGCCCACGCUAAUGAUUACAGUCCUCAUGGCCUACUUUUUAUUUCCCAAAGCACCGUCGGCCAUAAAACGUCCUUUUCUUCAGGACAGCCUAGAUGUAGGUAAAGACUCGCGGAUGUGAAGUUCACUUUAAAUUCCUCUCACUCAAGUUGCCUUCUGCUCUUAAGCUUGUUAUUACACAGACUUCUGCCGAAAUGAUGUUCUUAAAAUUCAUAGGUGUUUUGAUCAAAUGUUGUGCAUAAGCUGUUCUGUUAGAUUUCCUAUAAGUGGUUAUCUUGUUUUUUCUUGGCAAGAAAAUAAUUUCAAUGCCAACAUUAACUCAUUGGCUGCUGUUGACAGCGAUACGCGUUCAAUUCAUUUUGACUGGUAGCUUAAUUGAAGAUUGCGUUAAAUGGAAUGGUAUUGUCAUUCAAGGAUUUAAAACUUUGAAUGAACAUGAGAAAUUAUGUGCAGUUGUACAUUGACAUACGAACGCAUCAACAUGCAAUCCUUUUGACAUUCAACGUAAAAUUUGACUCGUCAUUUGUCUCAACAGAUGACGACAUGCUCGAAAUACGCCGAUUUACAACAGCGUCGCAAUUUUAUUGUUUUCCUGCAAGACGGCAGCACGGCGGAUUUUCUUGUGAAAGAAAUCAACAUGGGUCCGAGAAGAGGCUCCAGCCCGAGGAGAGGAUGAACAGACCGACACAUCGUUUUCAGACACGUCUCUAUUUGCUCACUGGGGUCAGGAGCUGAGCGCCGACAAUCGACGAGUGGCGCUUAAGAUGUUCCAGUACUACGGCUACAACAGCUACCUCAGUGACCGUCUCCCAUUAGACAGGCCUAUAGCGGAUCUCAGGCCUACUGGGUGCAGUAACAUCACUUAUCCUUUAAACCUCCCGCAAGUGAGCAUCGUGUUCAUUUUCGUCAACGAAGCUUUGUCUGUCAUCCUGCGGUCUAUUCACUCCGCCAUCAAUAGAACCCCCUCACAUCUCCUCAAGGAAAUCAUUCUGGUGGACGACAACAGCAAUAACGAAGAGCUGAAGGAGAAGCUGCAGGAUUUUGUGUUGGAGACUAACAGCGAGCGCCCGGGUUUCAUCAAGAUGGUGCGGCAUGCCAAGCAGGAAGGCCUGAUCCGGUCCAGGGUGAGCGGCUGGCGAGCCUCCACCGCUCCGGUCGUUGCCCUCUUCGAUGCCCACGUGGAGUUUAACGUCGGCUGGGCUGAACCCAUUCUUCAGAGAAUUAAAGAGGACAGGACUCGCAUCAUCUCCCCUUCGUUUGAUAACAUCAAGUACGACACAUUUGAGAUUGAGGAGUACCCGCUGUCUGCCCAAGGCUUUGACUGGGAACUGUGGUGUCGCUACCUUAAUCCCCCUAAGUCCUGGUGGCACAAGGGGAACAAAAGUGCUCCCAUUCAGAGCCCAGCCCUGAUUGGCUGCUUUGUGGUGGACAGGCUGUAUUUUGAGGAGAUCGGUCUGUUGGAUGAAGGCAUGGAGGUGUACGGGGGGGAAAAUGUGGAGCUGGGCAUUAGGGUGUGGCAGUGUGGCGGCAGUGUGGAGGUCCUGCCUUGCGCCCGCAUCGCCCACAUUGAGCGUGCUCAUAAACCUUACACAGAGGACCUGACGGCUCAUGUUCGACGCAACGCCCUUAGAGUCGCAGAGGUGUGGAUGGAUGAGUUCAAGAGUCAUGUUUACAUGGCCUGGAACAUUCCUCAAGAGGACUCAGGCAUUGACAUUGGAGACAUCACAGAAAGGAAGGCUCUGAGGAAGAGGCUACAGUGUAAAACCUUCAGAUGGUACCUAGUCAACAUCUACCCUGAGAUGAGGAUGUACAGCGAAACUGUCGCAUACGGCGUACUAAAAAAUUCUCUGAAGAAUGAUGUGUGUCUGGAUCAGGGACCUGACAAUGACAACGUCCCCAUCAUGUACCUCUGUCACGGAAUGACACCGCAGAAUGUGUACUACACCAGUAAUCAGCAGCUCCUGGUCGGUCUCCUCAGUCCUACGGUUGAUGACGACGACAACAAGUGCCUGGUGGAUGUGAACAGCAGGCCACGCCUCAUCGAGUGUGGCUACGCAACAGCCAAACGCAUGAAACUGCACUGGCUCUUCACUCAGGGAGGAUCCAUUCAAAACAAGAAAUCAAGGAGAUGUCUGGAGCUCGUAGCAAACAGUGACAAUGAGUUUGGUUACCAACUGGCUUUGCAGAAAUGCACUGGACAGAAGUGGUUCAUCACAAACAUGAUGUAUAGCAAUUCCCCAUGAGCACACCUGACUAAGUAUGGAGUUUGUGGUCGGUAUUCAUGUGUGUAAUUCUGCAUUCCAGACAAGUUCUUGGAAAUGGCUGACUUCAUAACAUUCUGGAAUGCAGCAAAUACACCAAAUCGGAGUGGGUUAUGGAGAAUUUUUAUCCAGUAGGUGCACCAUGAUGUCUUUGAUGCUCAAUAAUAUUGCGAAUGUUUAAAAAAAAAAAUGCUAAUGGACUGAUGAGCCGCUGAUUUUUCAAUUGAUAUUUUUAUGACAAGUUGGUCUACUUUGCAUAUUUAAUGAUACAGUCAUAUUUUCAUUGACUGGAUAAGGUACUUGGCUUAAAGAUUUUAGGGGGCUUUCUUACGGCUACUGUGUAGCAGUCUAUUCCUGCUGUCAGUAUUUUAUUUCACAGUCUCAGGUUUAUUUUGUGAAUUAGCUGUAUAGCAAGUGGAACAAAAGAAAAAAGUGUUGAUUUUGUAAUUGUUAAUAA